CCGCGGCGGGGGCGGCACAGGCAGAACCCGACCGGGACAGGUGAGGGGGGACAGGGGGGCUGGGACCCCCCGGGGUGGGCAGGGGACCCCAAAAACAGAGGGGCUGGGACCCCCCGGGGUGGGCAGGGGACCCCAAAAACAAGGGGGCUGCAACGGAUGGACAGGACACCCCAAAACCAGAGGGGCUGGGACACCCCAGGGUGGGCAGGGGGUCCCCAGGGGGCCGGACCUUCCCCACCUGCCCCCACCCCCAAAAGGAAGCCAGAGCUGUCGGGGGGUCCCCGCCCCGGGCCGCGGCUGCUUUGGGUGUGUGGGGGAUGUUAUUGUAGGGUCUCCCCGGGGUCUGCGUUGUUCCAGAGCCUCCCCCCGCCGUGGCGGACACGGGGGACAGGGGCGGCUCAGUCCCCCCAGGAUGGCACAGCACCGGCAGGACCUGGAGGAGGAGCUGCGGGACCUCAGCAACCAGGUGGCGGUGCUGGGGCGGAGCCUGGCGGCCGAGAGGGGGCGUGGCCUGGCAGAGGGUGGGGCCCUGCGUGCGCUGGAGAUCGCGGUGGGCGGGGCCCAGGCCCGGAUGGGCGGGGCCUGCAGGGCCAGGGAUCGGGCCAAUGAGAGGCUGCGGCUGCAGCAGGAGGCGGGGCAGCUGCUGUGGGCGGAGCUCCAGGCUGCCCGCACUGCCCUGGCAGGGGCGGAGCUUCGGGCACAGGAGGCGGAGUCAAAGUGCCAGGAACGGGGCCUGGAGCUGCAGCGGCUGAGAGAGGCCGUGGAGGAGGCGCGGCAGUGCCGGCACCUGGCGGAGCAGGAGCGGGACCGAGUGGCGGCUCAGGUGGGACACGGCCCCCGGCACAGCCUCCCCCCCGCUGACCCCGGGGGGCUGCAGGCAGCGCUGGAGGAGCUGCGGGAGCACAACCAGGGCCUGCGGGACCACCUGGGACAGCGGCUGGGACAGGUGCAGGAGCUGCGCCAGGAGCUGUCCCUCGUGGGGCAGCGGGCGAGGGAGGCCCAGGACGCCCAGGCCCGGCUGGCGCGGGAGCAGCGGGAGCUGCGGGAGAGACUCCUGCGGCCGCCGGUGCCCCCCGCGCCCCCCGAGGCCACCCUGAGGAGCCGCUGCCUCCACCUGCAGGAGCUGCUGCGCAGGGAGGAGGGCACCCGCCUGUCCCUGCUGCGGGCCGCGCGUGUCGCCAGCCGGCGCCUGCGUGCUCUGGUGGCUGAGGUGGAGGAGCAGCGGUUGCGGGGAGAGAGAUACCGUCUGCAGCGAUGUCCCUGUGUCCCCAGGCCGCGUGCCAGCGAGGUGGCAGCGGGGCUGGUGGCGGCGCAGGUGGCGGCGGUGGCGGCGGGCACAGCGCGGGUGCUGGCCCAGGGCCACGUCCUGCGCCGGCAGCUCGACCACGUCGGCGACGGCGCCGCAGCCACGGCGCGGAGCGUGGCCGUGCUCAGGGCCCGGCUCAGGUGUGACCCCCUGACCGUGUCCCACACGGUGCGGCGGAUGCUGCGGGGGGUGACAGCGACGACAGCGGGGACAGCGGCGACAGCGGCGACAGCGACACCUCCCCCGCCACCCCCGGCACACCCCCGCACACCCCUGGGCCCUGGGAGGGCUCGGACCUGCCCCAGCCUCUGUGGAGCCCCUCAACCUCCCCUUGAAAACCCUCGAAUCCCACCUUGA